ACGCGCACAGACACGCGCGCACAGACACGCACGCACAGACACGCACGCACAGACACGCGCACAGACACGCACGCACAAACGCAAGCACAGACACACGCACGGACACGCACGGACUCGCACGCAUGCAGGCACAGUCACGCAUGCACGCAAGCACAGACACGCACACAAGCACAGACACGCACGCACAGACACGCAAACACAGACACGCACGCACGCAGGCACAGACACGCAUGCACAGACACGCACGCAAGCACAGACACGCAUGCAGACACGCAUGCACAGACACGCACGCAAGCACAGACACGCACGCACAGACACGCACGCAAGCACAGACACACACGCACACAAGCACAGACACGCACAGCACAGACACGCACGCAGAGACACGCACGCACAGACACGCAAACACAGACACGCAAACACAGACACGCACGCAAGCACAGACAUGCACGCACGCAAGCACAGACACGCACGCACGCAAGCACAGACACGCACGCAAGCACAGACACGCACGCACGCAAGCACAGACACGCACGCAUGCAAGCACAGACACGCACACAGACACGCACGCACAGACAGUCAUGCACGCACAGACACCAACGCACGCACAUGCACACAGACAUGCACGCACAGACACGCACGCAAGCACAGAUACGCACACACAGCACAGGCACGCAAGCACAGACACGCACGCACAGCACAGACACGCACGCACAGACACGCAUGCACGCAAGCAAGCACAGACACGCAUGCACGCAAGCAAGCACAGACACGCGCGCACGCACAGACACACGCAUGAACAGACACAUGCACGCGCAUACAAACACACAGACACACACACAGACACCCACGCACGCACAUGCACACAGACAUGCACGCAUGCGCACACGCGCACGCACAGACACACACGCAUGAACAGACACACGCACGCGCACACAAACACACAUACACGCGCACAGACACAUGCAAACACACACGCACACAAUCGCACAGACACGCAUGCACCCACACACAGACACACACGCACAGACAGACAGACAGACAGACAUGCAUGCGCACACACACAUGCACACACGCAGACACACGCAGGUACACACAUAUGGACAUGCACACAAAUGCACGGGGAUGCGCACACACACACACACACAGACACACGCACGCAUGCGCGCACACACACACACAGGGACGCAAACGUACGCACACAGAGAUGCACACAUGCGCACACACCCACACAGACAGGCACAGAGACAGACACGCACAGACACUUUAAAAUACUCAUCCUACUCAAGACACUUUAUCCUUUAAAAGAACUCCACUCUACAGAAUCUUGGCAUUAGAGAAUAAGUU